AUGUCCACACCCUUCAGCUUCGGCACGCCUAGUGCUACCCCGGGCACUUCGGCCCCGGCAUCCGGUGGUUUGUUUGGGGCAACAUCAGGAGCAAGCAGCACCCCGACCUUCAGUUUUGGCAACAAAUCGUCAACUCCAGCCACGGGAGCCGGCACUGCUCAACCAAGUACCGGCGGCGGGCUGUUUGGCAAUUCGAGCUCUACCGCGACAUCACAGCCACCGUCGAUUUUUGGGGCCAAACCCGCAAGCACAACGACGGCGCCAGCAGCCAAGUCUGGUACCCCGUUGUUCGGAGCCAGUAAUACUGGGAGCAGCGGCGGUCUCUUUGGGAAUGCCUCCAAGCCAGCUCAGACCGGAGGGCUUUUUGGUUCGGCAGCAACUCCGCCUGCUACAACUAAUGCCUCGUCUACCCCAACGUUUGGCGGCGCCGCGGGUGCUGCCUCCACUACUCCCUCAACAGGAGGCCUCUUCGCUGGCACAAACUCUGGUGCUACUCUGGGUUCGACAACACCUUCAAAGCCGCUGUUUUCAAUGCCCUCGACGACACCUGCUGGGCCCCCUCCCAGCGCAGCUGCGAAACCAGGCCUGUUUGGAGCUGCACCGGCAUCAUCGGGCGCCACACAAGCUCCGACGUUAACAUUCGGAGCUGCCAAGACCAGCGCCACACCGGCUGCUUCCAGUACACCCUCGUCGCAACCCGCAGCUUCGGCCGCUCCUCUGUUUGGUGGCACGAGUCAGCCAAGUAGCACAGGGCCUUCGUUGUUUGGUGGUGCAUCGGCGGCACCUGCGGCAUCCGGCGGCUUGUUUGGAAACAAGCCAGCAUCAACAGAAGCCCCAGCCUCGGGCGGCCUAUUUGGCGCGAAAAGUGCCAUACCUUCCACCCAGCCUGCAUCAACUGGCGGCCUAUUUGGCUCCGCUUCUGCAGCAUCUACCACCCCAGCCAGCACCGCCGCAACCACGGCGACUCCCGCGGCUGCUCCCUCUAGUCUGUUCGGCGCCACCGCUAAAACUGCCACCACGUCUGCCGCAUCGGCAGCGCCGGCUACAACAACCACGGCUGCGUCGACAACAUCAUUGUUCGGUUCGGCUGCGGCGCCGGCUACUACAACCGCAGCUGCUGCGAAGCCAUCAUUAUUUGGUUCGGCGGCGGCGGCGGCGGCGCCAGCCACCACAACGGCAGCCGCGGCUCCUUCAUCUCUGUUCGGCUCAGCGGCAGCACCGGCAGCGUCUACAGCCCCCUCUACGACUGCGGGCACGACGACUGCGGGCUCGACUGUUCUUGGCGGGCUCAAGCCUGCAACUGCAGCUGAUGCAGCUAAGAGUACCACAGGCGCUGCUAGCCAACCUGCUUCGUCGGCUCUGAAUACUUCAACAAUGGGACCCACCUCAUCACUGCCGAGACUGAAGAACAAGACUAUGGAUGAGAUUAUGACACGGUGGGCAACCGACCUCAACAAGUAUCAAAAGGAGUUCAAGGAUCAGGCAUCCAAGGUUGCAGCUUGGGAUCGGCUCCUUGUUGAAAACGGAGAGAAGAUUCAAAAGCUGUACUUGGAGACAUACGAGGCUGAGCGUGCCAGCAACGAGAUCGAACGGCAAUUGCAAUCUGUCGAGAGCCAGCAAGAUGAGCUUGCGUCUUGGCUUGACCGUUACGAGCAGGAAGUCAACGAUAUGUUUUCCCGACAAGUUGGCAAGGAUGAGCAACUUGCCGGGCCCGAUCAGGAGCGUGAGCGUACAUACAAGCUCGCCGAACGCCUUACUGAUCGCCUAGACGAGAUGGGCAAGGAUCUGGGCAAGAUGAUCAAGGAGAUCAACGAAAUCUCUGGCACAAUCAGCAAGGGCAGCAAACCUGAUGACCCCCUUGCGCAAAUCGUUCGCGUUCUCAACGGACAUCUCAGCCAACUACAAUGGAUCGACACCAACGCAUCGGCGCUUCAAGCCAAGGUCGCAGCGGCCCAAAAGGCCGGAAACAGCACUGGCGGACAUGGCGGUGACGAUGGUGAUGCCACUGACAGCUUCUAUCGCUCAUACAUGGGACGCCGUUAG